ACAGUUUCUUCUGCAACUUCUCUUCUUUUUAACUUCUCUGUUUCUGUCUGUCCCACACUCUUCACUUUCCUUUCCUUUUUCCUUCUAAUUAUUUGUCAGUUUUUAGCUUCAAAUAUCUUUUAAAACCCUCACCCUCUUUCCAGUUGGUCUUGUUUUUCUAUCUCUAAUUCGUCGAUAUCUCAAAGACUCUCCUCAUUCGACUGCUCACUUUGUAGCUCAGCCGGUCGAAUUUGGUCUUAAUUAAGGAAUGGCUGGGAAAGUUGUCAGCGCUCUGUCCGCUAGUUUUUCUGAGUACGAGAUUCUGGAAGGUGAUGAUGACAAACUUAGAACCGUGGUAGCGGCUUCGAGUCAGAGACUUCCAUGGAUUGACCCGUCAAAAGUGAAACUUACGCAUAGAAUUGGUAGGGGACCCUUUGGUGAUGUUUGGUUAGGAACUUAUCAUAGUUCGACUUCAGAUUAUGAUCAGUCUUAUGAAGUAGCCAUCAAGAUGUUGCAUCCAAUUAAGCAGGAUGACAUGAGGACUUUGUUGGAUAAGUUUGAUGAUUUAUAUUCUAAGUGCCAAGGUGUGAAUAAUAUUUGUUCUCUACAGGGAACUUCUGUUAUAAAUGGAAAGAUAUGUAUCAUUAUGAAAUUUUAUGAAGGAUCAAUUGGGGAUAAAAUGACUCGCCUUAAGGGAGGAAAGCUCUCACUUCCUUGUGUUUUGAGGUAUGGGAUCAAUUUGGCGCUGGGAAUUUCAGAAUUGCACUCAAGAGGGAUCUUGGUUCUUAACCUUAAACCUUUUAACUUUCUUCUUAAUGGCACUGACCAAGCAGUUCUAGGAGAUAUUGGCAUUCCAUAUUUGCUCCUGGGAAUUAGAUUGCCCAGCUCAGAUAUGGCACACAGGCUUGGAACGCCCAAUUACAUGGCUCCAGAACAGUGGCACCCGGAAACAAGAGGUCCAAUAUCAUUUGAGACUGAUUCAUGGGGAUUUGCAUGCAGCAUUGUGGAAAUGCUCACCGGCAUUGUUCCUUGGAGUGGGAAAUCAGCUGAUGAAAUUUAUGAUCUGGUUGUCAGAAAACAGGAAAAACCACUUAUUCCAAGUGGCCUUCCUCCUCCGGUUGAGAAAGUUCUUAUUGGCUGCUUUGAGUAUGACUUCAGAAGUCGUCCUUUGAUGAAACACAUAUUAGAGGUGUUUAACAGCAACCACAUUCUCAGCUCAGAGAUUGGAGGUGAAGAUGAUGUGCAAUGGACAGGUCUUGGGAGCACAACAGUAUCAGACAAUUUAAGUAGCAUUACUGGCUACACAGAGUGGUUUCUUUCAAAGGAUCCUUUGCAAGUGGGUGACAUUGUGCGUUCCAGAAAGCCACCUAACUCAUGCAAACCUGAAAAUAUGAAUGUUCCUGAAGGAACCGUGGUGGGUUUAGAACGCAGCACAGAUCAUGAUGGUUUUGCUUUGGUGAGGGUUCAUGGCAUUCAUGACCCUAUAAGAGUUCAUUUUUCGACACUGGAGAGGGUCACUCUUGGCUUAGCAGCUGGGGACUGGAUACGCUUGAAAGAGGAAGACAAAAGGCACUCCCCAGUAGGUAUUCUUCAUUCCAUUGACCGUGAUGGAAGUAUUGCUGUUGGGUUUAUCGGGUUGGAAACUCUUUGGAAGGGAAAUUCUUCAGAGUUUCAGAUGGCAGAAUCUUACUGCGUUGGUCAGUUUGUUAGGCUGAAAUCUAACGUGCUUAGCCCUCGCUUUGAUUGGCCUCGUAAAAGAGGAGGCAUUUGGGCUACUGGGAAAAUUUGCUGGAUCCUGCCAAAUGGAUGCCUUGUUGUUAAGUUCCCAGGCAGAUUAACUAUUGGAGAGGAAUUUGGCAAAUUUUUGGCUGAUCCAGCUGAAGUGGAAGUGGUUUCUUUUAAUAAUUGUCCAGGGUUGGUGAAGAAGUAUCAACAUCUUGAGGAUUUUCACUGGGCUGUGAGGCCAUUUCUAGUUGCAUUGGGUCUAUUAACGGUGAUGAAGGUGGGAUUUUUUGUUGGAAAGAGAAUCGGUAAGUCAAAGGUGAAGCGACAGAGCAGUGCAAUUCAGAGUGCUUUCCAACAUAUGGAUGGGCAGACUGCCGGCAACCCAGCUUGGCUUCCACCACCUGUGGCGAAUAUUCUUUUCAGGGAAGGUGCUGCCCGGUAGUUUCCUGGCCUAGUUCAUAUACCAGUAGGCAAUCUUACUAACUCUGCUGGGUUGCAGUAGGAAACAGUUUCUGCGGUAAAUGGUUAAUUACAUCUUAUUGUGAGCAUCUUAUCUUAUAUGCUUAGUUGUAUAUAUACUAGUGCAGUCUCUUUGCUUAUACACAUAACCAGCUGAUCCAACUUUUUUGGAUUUUGGCUAUCAGAAUAUUGAUCGACCUUUAGUUGAUUUGUUGCUGGUAUCUUGUUGGAUGUCCAACUCAAAAGGAAAAAAUAGAAAUGUCAAGGUGUUAGAAUUUAAGUGUUA